UUUGUCCACUAGAGGGCAGUCUUCUAUCCUUGAUUCAGUUGAGCAAUGCUGACUUAAGGGGCCUGGAUGCUCCCUCUAUAUUUAGUACUGUAUUGUGUCAGACUGGGCCCCCACCAUGUCUGCCAGGUGGUUCAGUCCCGAAAGCAGCACUGUGCAAAAAAAAUGUACAUCCUACAAAAUAAUCAUCCAUAUUGUACAUUUUCUAUUGUCAUUGACAAAUGUUAUCUCUUAAUUGACAACAUGGACAUUUAGAACAAGGAGCACCUCAAUGGCAAUAAUGGAAUUUGCAAAAGAGUCAGUAUACUUUUCAAUGUAUGCUAAAUAUAGUUCUGUGUGAUCACUGCAAAUGCCACCACGACCAGGAAACUAGUGACAAUAAAAGCGUUGUUACGCAACGACCGCCGGUGGUUUGGGCCCCAGCCCUCCCGAAAUCCGGGCACGGACAGAGAGCGGCUAGGUUCCCCCCCCCCCGGAGGUAGCAGAUGGCCGAGUUGCUGACUCAGCGCUGAUUCUGCGGUGCCACUAACUCAGUAGGCAAACACAGGGUCCAAACAUUAGGUACACCUGCAUAAUGUAAUUCUUAUUCAAUGUAGUUUUGUAAUUAUCAUUUUGCAUGACUUAUUUGAUCCGGCCCACUGCAGUUGUCAAAUACCUGUUGUAAAAAGUCUUCAAAUGCUCCUCAUUUGGCUGACCUGCGCCUGCCUCCUCGCAUCCAGCCUUGGACCUUGGCCACCAAGCCGCAUGAUAAUCCCCCAGGGUGCAAACUGGUGCCCAACCAGCGUUUCCUCCUCCUCAUCCUCAUUGUUGUUGCCACGAGGGCACCGCUUCAUUUCGUCGAGUUUCCGAAAGAGCCGAAGGUGAUUUCCAGUUGAAUUUAUUUUCAUAUUUGUUGGAAAGAAAGUGUCGUCUGGGAAAAAGUCCUUUUGUCUUCCUCUCCCUAGCAACAACAUGAAGAUGGAGUAAUCAGAGUGAAAGGGCAUCCGCACUGAAGCACCGCCUUCUCCCAUGCAGGCAGGCCGUCUUUCCACAGCGCGGUGGGGAGCUUUCUACCUUCUUCUGGCCGCCGGCUUGGCGUCACAAGCGCCGGAGCAGUGCCCUCACUCCUGCCGCCGCUGCGGCGCGGCCGUGUCCACCGUCAACUGCUCCUACGCUGGACUCAGCGGCGUGCCAGAGCGCCUCCCGUCGGAUCUGACUCGACUCAACCUGAGCCACAACGCUAUCAGGACUCUGGCGCCUGAGCAAUUUGGGGCUUUGACGCGACUGGAAGACUUGGAUUUGAGCGACAACCUCCUGGCGUACGUGGAAGCCGAUGCCUUGCUGGGCCUGUGGAGCUUGUUGGAUCUACGCGUGGCCCGCAACCGCCUGAAGGUGCUUCCGGCCGGCGCCCUCGCCGGCUUGUCGAGACUGCGGCUGCUCGACGUGAGCGGCAACGAGAUCCUCGGCGUCCUGGAUUUCACCUUCCGGGACUUAGCCGGCCUCCGCGUGCUGCAAGCGCUGCACAACCAUGUUGUCUUUGUCUCUCGCCAGGCUUUUGCAGGUUUAACCGAGCUGCGCCAGCUCUACCUGGACGCCUGCAACCUCACGUCGGUGCCCACCGAGGCCUUUGCGCACUUGGGCGGGUUGACCGUUUUACAUCUGCACCGUCUCGAGUCCAGCGCGUUGCCCGACUAUGCUUUCCUCGGCUUGGCGCGUCUGAAGGAACUCGUCGUCGCCGAUUGGCCCAGACUGGAGACGUUGUCUGCAAACAGCCUGGUUGGCCUCAAUCUUACGUCCCUAGCCAUUCGAAAGUGCAACCUCAGCGCAGUCCCUUUCGCUGCUUUGCAUCACUUAGUCUACCUUGUUAACCUGGACUUGUCAUCUAACCCAAUCAGCUACAUUCAAGGCAACCAGCUCAGGGACCUGCUCAGGCUAGAAGAGUUCCACCUAGCCGGGGGACGGUUGCGGCGUAUCGAAAUGGCAACGUUCUAUGGUUCGGUGAGUCUGAAGUUGCUCGAUGUGUCGAGAAACCUCCUGAGCACCCUGGAGGAGGGUGUCUUUCACUCGCCGGACGCUCUUCGACAUCUCGGAUUGAACGGGAACCCCCUGGCCUGCGACUGCCGCCUCCUCUGGCUAGCGCGCCGACGUUCGUCCCUCCAAUUCGUCGGAGGCCCGCCGACGUGCGGGCAAUGGGAUUUCCUGGGAUACGCCGCAGCGGAUAUGGCCGAGUUGCUCACGUGCCGGUCCCCUCGCGUCCAGCCGCGCCAACCCGACUCGGUGUGGGUGGAGCAGGGCCACACGGCGGUGUUGCACUGCGAUGCGGAAGGCCGUCCCGAGCCAUCUGUCACCUGGCUCGACCCCGGGCGUAGAGCUUUAACAAAUGCGGGCAGGAUACGAGCAGUCGGCAACGGUUCACUCGAGGUCCGCUACGCGCAGCCGCAGGACACCGGCAUUUACCGCUGCGUGGCAUCCAACGCGGCGGGAAACGACACGCGGCCCAUUGAGCUCCGCGUCCGAACCCUUUCCAAGAAGAAGCCCUUUCACCUCAAAAGCUGGCCUGCUGCCUUGCCUUCUUUGUCACCAGACCUACGGGAGCCGCCGUUUGACGUCAAGACGCUGCUGAUUGCGGCGUCCAUUGGCUUCUUGUCAUUUUGCAGCUCUGUCGGUGUGUGCUUCAUCGCCAUCUUCUUCUGGAGUAAGAGCAGAGGGCAGAUAAAGCACACGGCCAACAUCGCCUAUGUGCCGCGCAGCGCUGCCGCCAGCAGUAAUGGCGGCGCCGGCAACUCCAUGGAGACGAGCAGAUUCACAAUGAAGCUCAUGUAAACAGAUGCAUGAAUAAAGUUCUUUUUCAAGUUGAAAGUCCACAGUUGAUUUCAAAAGUCAAAUGAUCAAAUGCCUACUCUCUGAUUAAAUGGUAAAUGGCUAUUGAUUGUGUUUGAAUCCACCCGUAUAUGUAAAAUAUGAUCAUAUGCAAGCCCAAACCAACCUAUUCUAUUUUUCUCUAGAAAUGUGAUUGUUAACCUUACAUUAAAGUUACUGUCAAGGACGCAUAGUUAAAAUUUCAAAUGCACUAUUUUUAAUACAUGAUUUAUUUGACCGUUGUCUGGUGCAAUAAAAUGCAAUAAAAUAUCU